AUGUGUGGCCGACGACUGAAGAGGUUUGUUGCUUUUUGGACAUUGGUUUUCCUAAGGACAGCUACUGGGCUUGCCGGAGAAGGAAGAUCUGUGUGGAAGAAGGACCCCAACUUCAGUCCUGUGAGCGAAACACAGAUGUUUUUGUAUGACACUUUCCCCAAAGGGUUUCUCUGGGGCGUAGGGACAGGGGCAUGGCAGGUGGAAGGCAGCUGGAGGAAGGACGGGAGAGGAUCCUCUGUAUGGGAGCAGUUUGUCCACACAACGUUCAGAGGUGCAGACCACACCGACCAUUCCAGUGACAGUUACACCUUGUUGGAUAAAGAUUUGUCAGCCCUGGAUUUUUUGGGAGUUACUUUUUAUCAAUUCUCAAUUUCAUGGUCAAGACUUUUUCCUACUGGAGUAGUAGCAGCUCCCAAUGAAAAAGGACUCCGGUACUAUAACAGUCUUAUUGACUCUCUAGUCUACAGAAAUAUUGACCCCAUGGUUACUCUGUACCACUGGGACCUGCCCUUGACACUGCAAGAAAAAUAUGGGGGAUGGAAAAAUGAAUCGGUGAUUGAUCUCUUCAAUGACUAUGCCACCUUUUGCUUCCAGACCUUUGGGGAUCGUGUUAAGUAUUGGAUUACAAUCCACAACCCCUAUUUAGUGGCUUGGCAUGGGUAUGGCACAGGUAUUCAUGCUCCUGGCGAGAAAGGGAAAAUAACAACUGUCUACUCUGUAGGACACAAUUUGAUCAAGGCUCAUGCAAAAGUUUGGCAUAACUACAAAACACGCUUUUGGCCGCGUCAGAAGGGGCUGAUGUCCGUAGUAUUGGGAUCCCACUGGAUCGAACCUAACAAAUCAGAAGAUGCUUUGGACAUUUCUAAAUGUCAGCAGUCUAUGCAGAGAGUACUUGGAUGGUUUGCUAAGCCCAUCUAUGGGGAUGGCGAUUAUCCAGAAGAACUGAAAAAUGAAUUAUCUUUUUUGCCAAGCUUUACCGAGGAUGAAAAAAACUAUAUAAAGGGAACGGCAGACUUCUUUGCAUUUUCCUUUGGUCCUAAUAACUUUAAACCUCCAAACACUCUACCAAAAAUGGGACAAAAUUUGUCACUCAAUUUGAGGGAAGUACUGAACUGGAUUAAACUGGAAUACAACAAUCCUCGAAUCUUGAUUGCAGAGAAUGGCUGGUUCACUGAUAGCCACGUGAAAACAGAUGACACCACAGCCAUCUACAUGAUGAAGAACUUCAUAAAUAAGGUUUUACAAGCUAUUAAAUAUGACAACAUAGAUGUGUUUGGUUACACAGCCUGGUCACUCCUUGAUGGCUUUGAAUGGCAACAUGCCUACAACAUCAGACGCGGAUUAUUUUAUGUAGAUUUCAAAAGUGAAAAGAAGGAAAGGAUUCCCAAGUCAUCCGCACUUUAUUAUAAACAAAUCAUACGAGAAAAUGGCUUCUUCCCAGAAGAGUCUACCCCACCUGUGCAAGCUCAGUUCUCCUGCGACUUCUCCUGGGGUGUCACCGAGUCUGUUCUUAAGGCGGAGGCUGUGGCUUCCUCCCCGCAGUUCUGCGACUCCAGCCUGUAUCUCUGGAACGUCACAGGAGACGGGCUCUUGCACAAAGUCAAAGGAGUGAAGCUGAAAACCCGACCGGCGCAGUGUACAGAUUUUGUCAGUAUUAAAAGGCAGCUUGACCUCCUGGAAAAAAUGAAAGUCACCCAUUACAGGUUUGCACUCGACUGGCCACUAAUUUUACCCAAUGGAGAUCUGUCAGUGAUCAACAGACAAGUCCUUAGAUAUUACAGAUGCGUGAUCAGCGAAGUACUGAAACUCAAUAUUCGAUCGAUGGUGACCCUGUACCACCCAACUCACGCCGACCUGGGCCUGCCGGGCCCCCUGCUGCGGACGGGAGGGUGGUUGAACCAAUCCACCGCCCGGGCUUUCCAGGACUACGCGGCUCUGUGCUUUCAGGAACUCGGCGAUUUGGUAAAACUGUGGAUCACCAUAAACGAGCCUAACCGACUGAGCGACGUCUACAACAGGAGCAGCAACGAUACGUACCGGGCGGCACACAAUUUAUUAAUAGCACACGCCAUGGCCUGGAAAAUAUACGAUGAGCGAUACAGACCCGUUCAGUACGGCAAGGUGUCCCUGUCGCUGCACUCGGACUGGGCUGAGCCUGCCAACCCCUACUUCGAGCCUCACUCGAGAGCCGCCAGCAGGUUUCUCCAGUUUGAAAUAGGCUGGUUUGCCGAUCCAAUAUUUAAGACUGGGGACUACCCUGCUGCGAUGAGGGAAUACAUUCUCUCCAAGAACAGCAGAGGCCUCUCAUCCUCCUCACUGCCGCGUUUCACGCAGGAGGAAAAGCAGCUUGUCAAGGGUGCGGCCGACUUCUAUGCGCUGAACCAUUUCACCACGAGAUUCGUGAUUCACGAACCUCAAAACGGGAGCCGGUACGAAUUUGAUCGUGAUGUUCAGUUCCUGCAGGAUAUCACCUGCCUGAGCUCCCCCUCCCGCCUCGCAGUGGUGCCGUGGGGAAUACGCAAAGUUCUGAGAUGGGUUAGAGCAACCUACGGCGACAUCGACGUUUACAUCACCGCAAACGGAAUAGACGACCCGUCCUUAGACAACGACGAGCUCCGAAAUUAUUACUUAGGAAAAUACGUACAAGAGGUUUUAAAAGCAUACUAUAUCGACAAAGUCAAGAUCAGAGGUUACUAUGCAUUUAAACUGACUGAAGAAAAAUCUAAGCCCAGAUUUGGAUUCUUCACUUCCGAUUCCAAAGGAAAGCCUUCAAUAAAGCUUUACAAUAACCUGAUAAGCGAUAACGGCUUUCCUGCAGAAUAUUCAGCCUGUGAUCCAUCAAACAAGGAAAAACCAUGUACCUUCUGUUUGUUUAUUUCUCAGAAGAAGCCACUGAUAUUCUUUGCCUGCUGUCUUUUCUCUACUCUUAUCUUGCUUUUAACAAUUAUUGUUUUUCACAAGAGAAAAAGAAGAAAACGUUACAAGGCAAAAAAGCGUCCAGCGCAUCUGUGUUUCAUUUUAAAGAGGGGCCAUAAACCCACUUUCAACUAG